AUGGGCGCUGGAAACGCAAAGUACGGGUGGGAACUCGGGGGAGAGAUCGACUAUGUGGACGAGGGACAAUCGAGCUGCUGCUCCGACAAUGGCUACACACGAAUGUACACGCUGUUCCUGGAAAUUGAUGGAGUUUUACCAAGUAUCUGCUCCUUUCACGUUGGUCGGCGAGACUUUGUCCUAUCUGCAGUGGUCGCUUUCAUAUACGAUCAUGAAUAUGGUACCUGCCUCACGAAGCGAUCGUUUCUGCCAGACGGUAUCAGGUCGCUUACUUCGCGUCGACCGGGAUCCCAGGACAUGGGGCUGCUAAUGGCUUGA